AUGGGCGACUUCAAUGGUCAUCUACAAGCUCUGGACGGGUUCCAGGAUUUUAACGGAGACCUGGUGGACCUGACAGCUCGUGAACUGAACUUGGAAAUAGCCAACCUUCGCUCUGACUGCGAGGGUGAAUUCACGUGGUGUGCUAGGAACAGCCAUUCAUGCAUCGACUAUGUACUUAUGUCACCAAAGCUGUCCCGCCACGUUACAUCAAUCACAAUAGACGAGGAGGGGAAGUUCAGUGUGGGAAGUGAUCAUAACCGAAUUAAAUUGACCUUCUCGACUUCCGCAUGGCGCCAAAAACGGACCGACUGUCGUGAGCCGGCUGCACGCUACCUACCGGAAGAGACAUAUGAUGACAUCGCUCAAGAGUUUGAAGGCCGGCUCAUGAAUCUGGAGUCUCCUUCCUAUGACCAGUAUGUAGAAGCUUUGCAACAGAUAAUGGAAGCACAUGAAGUAUGCGUUAACUCCCGUGGAGGGGUGCGCCGGAAGCCAUGGUGGGACAAGGAGGUCCAAGUGGCACUAAGUGCUCGACGGGAGGCGAAUCGCCUACACAGAAAAGCGGUAAGGACACUCCUUCCACACGAAUGUGCAGAGCUCUGGCAGAGGUACCUGGACUGCAAAAGAGCUAUGCAAGCGAUAGUGCAACGCAAGAUUGCCGAGCACAAUGGCAAGCAGCUGAAAGCCUUAACUGAAGACAGGCGAAACGGCUCCCGGCGGUUUUGGACAUAUGUGUCAUCGCUCGACAGGAGGCCAGCCAUGCCGCGGAUUCGGAAUGAGGAGACGGAUCUGGCCGUCUGUGAUCUCUCGGAACAUCUUACAGAACAUAUGCAUCGUCUGUACCAACCCACACAGUCAGCCUGCGUGGCCGCAGAGGAGAAUGAAGCAGAAAUCCACUGCCCCGAAUAUGAGACCAUGAAAUGGCAAGUGACACGAAGAGCGGUGGACAGGGCAAUCGCACGCAUUUAUGCACACACGGCCAAAGGACUCGAUGGCAUACCCGCCGGUGUUGUAAAACACCUGGGGGAUGCUGCCCGAGAUCACCUUGCCGACAUCUUCUCUGGCAUCGUGGCGGGUAUUGAAGGCCUGGAUGAGUGGUGGGCAGAGAACAACAACGUGCUCACCGACUUGCAGAACGGGUUCCGAGCUGACCGACGCCUGGAAGACAACCUCUUCGUGCUGAUGCAAACCAUAGAAAUGGCUCGCAAGGAGUCCAGAAACCUGUAUGGUUGCUUUCUUGACGUAGCUAAGGCAUAUGACAGUGUCCCACAUGAAUCCCUAUUCCAGCGGAUGGCGGAGGUCGGAAUGUCAGAGGUGUGGGUCGGCCUAAUGCGACGGCUGUACAAAGAUAACUCAGUUAUAGCGUGCUUUGACGGAGCCCAGUCCAGACCAGUAAUGGUAACACGGGGACUUAAGCAGGGCUGCCCUCUGUCACCCCUGCUAUACAUGAUCUAUGUUUCUGGACUGGAACAUAUGCUCCUAGCAUCCGGUAUCGGCUUCUCAUUCACCCACUUGUACGAUGGAAUGCCCGUGACUUGGAAGCUGCCGGGUUUAGUUUAUGCUGACGACCUGGUCCUGCUAGCCGAAAGCCCAACGGACCUGCAACAACUGGUCACCCUCGCUGCGACCCAUCUGUAUCACCUAGACUUGGCCUUCAAUGCAAAGAAGUCUGCGGCGUUACAGCUGUCAGGCUCCCAUCCUACCGCCAACAUAUACCUGCCAGGAGGAGAUCAGAUACAGUGGGCCACUGAAUAUCGAUACCUCGGGGUGGUAUUGAGCACCUCCGGUGACUUGUUGGGGGUGCAUGAAGAAAACCUGCGCAAGACUUCGCAGAGAGCAGCAAACGUGCUGCGCCGGAAAAGUCUAUGGGGAUGCAACCGUUUCCUCCUCAUCCGAGACUUGUGGAAGGCUAUACACGUCCCAGGCCUCACAUUUGCCAAUGCCAUACUGUGCCUCACUGUGAAAACCAGGCAAUGGCUGGAGCGUGGCCAACGGGAGGUGGGCCGUAUGGCCCUUGGAUGCCACGGGCGUGUCGCCAUAGAGGCCAUCCAGGGUGACCUAGGAUGGUCCACAUUUGAGGCGCGCGAGGCGAGAAGUAAGGCUACAUACGAAGGACGCCUGCGACUCAUGGACGACGAACGGUGGCCCCGGCGACUGUUCAGAUAUGCGAGCCUUACCGGCACACAAACGCAGUGGUGCAGACGCCUGGGCAACCUGAAAAGAAAGUUCGGCUUCUCUGCAAAACCUGUGAUUGAGGACAAGAUGUACAAGUGGGCCCAUGCCGUGAAGACGCAGGUGUGUGAGGAGGAGACGGGGCAGUGGCGGCGUGCCAUGGAAGACAAAUCCACCCUGCUCACAUACCGCACUCACAAGGCCGACAUUGGCAUGGAGCCCCUUUACGACAACAGCGGUGGCAGUGCACUCCUUUUUGAGGCACGUGCAGGAGCGCUGCGUACGUUGGGAUACCUUCGCAGGUUCGACACAUCAGCGGACGUGGCCGGGGCCAUAUGCCGAAUAUGCGGCGUUGAGGAGGAGACCACAGAACACCUUGUCCUCCGCUGCGCUGACUUGUGCCCGGGUCACGUAGAGGGCACCACCUUCCCGCUGGCACUGGGAUUCCGAAGAGAUACGGACAAGAACACAGCGGUGGCCAGAGCGGCCCACGUCACAAAACAAAGAUUGGUGCAGUGGUGGCGCAGAACGCGCAGACAAUGCCGACGCGCAGACGAUGUAGAUGAUCAAUGUAGCCGGUCUGCAAGGUGA